GUUUGAAUGGUUUGUUAAAUCUUUUGCAACAAUAUAUUUCUAUUUUCUCAGCCAUAUAGUCAGUCAUAUUGACGAUGUCGGUAGGAUGUAGGGCUUUCAUUAUUAUGUCUCAACAUAGCUGUAUAAUUUACUGCGAUCGAUUCUUACUGCGCUAUAAGAAUCUUAUCUCUUUUUAAGUUGUGCCAUCAUGAGCACGACUUCUAGAUCAAGUAUUUUUCAGAAACUCAGUAUAUCUUACGAAAAGUGUACUGAGCUUAUAUUUUCCAUUUCUGCGGUAUUCGGUAUUUCCCCAAUUUUUUUUGUCAAUGGAAAACCAAGAAAAUCGUAUUUUAUUGCAAUUUACUCAAUAUUUUUUAUCUCCAUAUACAUUUAUGUAAAUAUCAGUUAUGUUUUUAGUGUCCGAAUCGAUUACGCCGUUCCAUUCCACAGAAACGUAUUCCUUGUUUCUUAUCUACUUAGCCUUCUGCAACCCGUAGUUUAUUUCUGUACUAAUUUCCUGAGCUUCCAAAGAUUGAGCAAUAUCCGACAAUGCCUUAGGACAGUUGAUUCGUCACUGCAGUCCUUCGGGAUCAGUGAGGAUGCACACCAUGGCUUGUUGAAUGGAAAGCUAUACCUAUUGUUGUUAUUGUCUAAGUGCAGUUUGCUCUUUAUACCAAAAACUGCAGGCGAAACCAAAAUUUUCUUACUCCUGAACGUGAUCUAUUUGUUAGGAUGCGGCCAGUGUACAGCUUUAGGGGAGGAAUUGGGAAGUAGGCUCAGACGGAUCUUGCACUGCCUUCGUAGCAUGGGAGAACAGCCUGAUCAAACAAUUGGCCGGGCAGAGAGGUUAAGUUUACUUUGCAAGGCACAUCACCAGCUUUGUUCUGCAAUCGAGGAGUUUUCUUGUUGUUAUGGUUUCCAAAUGUUGAAUAUUGUUGUUAUACAAUUUCUGAGUCUCACGAUAACAAUUUUUUCUUAUGUAUGGGCCAGAUUAAGCUUCCUUAAACUUUGUAUGGGUGUUUUGUUACAUUCAUCGAUUCCAUUUUUCACGAUAGCAAUCGAUUGUUGGACAAAUGUUUCUGAAAUGUCAAAGGAGUUCAACGUUCUCCUAUACCAAAUAAUGAUUAAGGAUAAAAGUAAAGCACUUCUUGACAGCGAAAAGCUUCAACUCCAUAUCGCCGUGAAGAGAGAAGUAGUCCUCACUGCCUGUGGUCUCUUCAACCUGGACUACACCUUACUAUACUCGAUGGUAGCAGCAGUCUCAACUUACACGGUAGUGAUGUUUCAAUUCGCUUAAUGCACAAAUUAUUGAUUUUCUCAAAAGUUUUAUGAACAGAUACGAGAUGUUCCACCUUAUUUUAU